GUCGCUUACGACAACAUGCCGUGUUAAGUGGGAGAGAAGGCAUGACCCUGAUGUCUGAUAAACCUGAUGUCUGAUAAAUCCAAUUUCGUAGCAAUCACGGUCAUUUGCACGUGAUUAGUUCAACUCUACAUGUUCGUGAGGAUGGCAAAGUUUCAAAUGAGUUCUUUUAUUUUGUAAAAGCUCGCGGUAGAAGUCAAAACAAAGGCUAUUUACCCAGAGAGCAUUUGUGAGUCGCUACAAAAAGUUAACAGGUAAGAGCGAGCGACGGAAACGACUGUCGAAAAAGUUGUCUAUAUGACCAACGAAAGGCUACUUUGUGACGCAGAAGUAAGGUCCUGCAUUCGUCUGCCUUCCUCAGUUGAUGAUAGAGAACCUUAAAAGUCUACUACUGUGAGCGGCGGUUCUUGUGAGGAAAACUUAACAAUGGAUAGGACGCCAAUGAAAGAAAGCACGAUGUCAGCUGUGGAGAGAAUAUUGGAUUCGUUAAGAUUAUCACCAAAAUGGAGACGUCAGUCGCCAGUAAACGAGAAAUCGGUCAAAGAAACCCGUAUCAUUGCAAACUCUGAUUGCCGGUUAACAAACCAACACUUAUCUCCUGAUAACCGUAAACACGCAACAAUAUCGACGUCGAGUUCCGAUUAUCCUGAAACAGAAACGUACGACUCUUUUUCCGACUCUGCUUACUCGCAAAGUUCUGAGACAUCGGUCAAUUCCGAUAGGAGAUCACUCAAUACAACUUCAACAGAUUCGGAUAACAACCGAUUAUUCCAUCAAGAUAUUUCGCCAAGGAGUCAGAUUUGGUCGAGAGGCGACACCGCUGAGGUUACAGACUUAGAUGAGGGAUACUUUAGGAGGGUUUUAAUGUUGAUGAAAGUUGUACUUUAUUUACGACACAACUUUCCUCUGAAACUGGUUCGAAGAAGAAGAAAGGUUUAUCCGGCCGAUAGUAGAAGAGACAAGCUCCAAGGUCACGAUAGUCCCAGUUUAAGUUCCAGUUCAAUGGACUCGCAGGACUCAAGUGAAUAUAGCGGUAGAAGUGCGCGAAGUCGAAAGCGUAUUUCAUUCAGUCCAACAACUCUUCUUUUCUCUGCAGUAACAGAAAAGGCCUAUGCGGAGGCCAAAAGUAUUCUAGAACAGCAAGAUCUGGACGUGAAUUCUCAAACUCCAAAUGGGCAAACACUACUACAUAUUGCUGCAGCAAAUGCGGAUUUGAAAUGCACUCAGCUUCUUAUACAGUACGGAGCGGACGUAAGUUUGAAAGAUGUUAGCGGUUGGACACCUUUACAUGCGGCUGUUAGGCGGGGAAACUGGAAAUGUGCGAUUUUACUCAUCGAGGCUGGUGCUGAUUUCGGAGAAUACGCACAGACAAGAAUCCAAGAGUACAAUCAAGUGCUACAGAUGUCUUCCUCAUAUUAUCGAUCGGUAGAGAUCUUUGUCUAAUGCAGUUCGCUUGUCUCUGAACUGUCUUAAUUUAUUUAUGUACCAUUCUGUGGUACUUUGUACAUUUACUUGAUCUAAGUUCACGAUUGUAAAUAGUAAUAACGACGCCUUUAACUUGACACAACAACAGAGUUUCCAUAUGGCCGAAUAUUUAAUCAUGAUGACCUAUGAAUAAGGGAUGAUUUAAUUUAGAUUUUUAUUUAGAGAGUUUUUUCGCAAAUUCCUCAUUUUGGUCAGUAUCGCUCUUUGCAGGAGUCCAUUACUAAGUUGUCGGCAUAUUUUGCCUCGGAGUUUAAACCAACUUAGAUGCUAUUCAUAGUCGCACACCGUGGGUCAAUUUCAGUCCAAAUCGAUGUUUAACAAAACUAUUAAGAAAAUUCAAAACACUUGAGCUGAGAUGUUUUAAACGCGAAUAAAGUAGAAUCUUUGGUGCGCUGA